AAGAGGAAAAUGACUGAUGCAAAGUUACAAAGUGAAGCUCAGACUUUGAUUAUUUGUCAAUUAUGCGAAAGUAGCAGUACCGUUAGAUGGAAAUGCAUUGCAUGCGAUCUUUUAAUGUGUGAUACUUGUACAGAAAAAAUACAUCCAAAAUUUAAAUUGGCGGAGACGCACAGCAUCAUACCAUUGAAGGAUAUAGGUACACCGAUUGUAAGUGUGAUGAAACCGAAACGGGUUCCAUGUAGAAUUCACGACAACCAGACUUACUGCAUAUAUUGUCAAAGUUGUGACAAGCUAGUGUGUCCAGUGUGUUUGUCUCAGUCACACCAAAAGCAUCAGUUCUUACAACUAGAAGAAAUUCUUAAGAAAAAGAUCGAAAAGAUAAAAACAUUUGACGCACAGAUCGAAUAUUUCAUAUUACCAUUUUACCAGAAAGAAUCGGAAAAAAUAGAAAAAUACUUUAUUGAUAUUACAGAACAUUUCAAGGAUAUAAGGAAUAGAAUUAUCACAAAAGAAGAAAAACUAAUUGCAGAAAUUAAAACCCAGAAGUUAGCAAUGAUUGAAAAACUGGAAGAGAGGAUGGCAUUAGUUGAUAAUUUCAUCACCGAAAAAAGAUUUGACAUCGAAAACAUCAUUGAGAACUCUUCAGUUAAACGGGAAUGCUUAAGUGAUAUUUUAAGGAAUGCUCGUGACGUAGAGCUAUUACAUGAAACGAUGAAAGAAACUGAAAAAUGGCUCUCCACCAUUAAUGAUGAUGCCCAAAUAAAGAUGGAAGAUUUUCCUAGACUUCCUUCUCUUGAAUUCGCUACCAUCAAAAAGGAAACAAUUGCAAAACUGUUUGGGUGUCUGCAGUGUGGAGUACAAAUGUCAACAAAAAUGGAAAAAUCUUUAUCAGUCGCAAUCUCUCGUAUUUCUAAACUAUGUGUUAAUAGAAGAAGCAAAGAAAUCUGGAUCAGCAGCGGAUAUUCAUUCGAGACGCGCAAAUACGCCAUACACACCGAUUUACAGCUUUUACAAAAAUUACAGGACAAAAAGGAAUAUAAUAUUUACGACAUGGCGCCAACUGUCAAUGGAGAUCUCCUUUUCACGACAAUAGAACUUGACUGCAACAUGUAUAUAGCAACAAAGGAUGGAAUUGGACACUUUCGUUCUUUUUCGCCAUUAUUUCCAAGAGCUGUACAUGUCAGUACAAAAGGUGAUAUCUAUGUUAGUUUGCGAGAUAAUGGGCCCAUCUUUAAAACGAAUGAUAAAGGUGCUCGUAAAAUGGCCAUCAUCAACUUCAACGAUAAAAUUGAAAUUAAAAGAUUUGGAGACAAAAAAAUGUUGACAGAUGUAACAAGAAUAAAAAGUGAUAAAAACAAUUGCGUUUAUCUUAUCGACAUCAUAUCGAAAAAAAUAAACGGAAGAGUUCUUGUAAUGUCCCCUGAUGGUCUUAUCAAGUGGAUUUAUGAAGGAAAGACAGAAUCAGAUACAGAUAGCUUUACACCUUCAGAUUUAGUAGUCUUCAAUUUGGGCAAAUUGAUAGUGUCAGACAUGCACAACUCCAUGCUUCAUAUAAUUGACAGUAUGGGGGAGUUAAUUCAAAAGUUUUCUUUAAAAACUUUGGGUAUGUUUAGCUCGCUAUGUAUCGAUAUUGAUAAUAAUGAUGACUUAUACAUUGGUUGUGCGAGUGACACGAAAACCCCAGAAACAUCAAAGCUGUAUGUGAUAAGUUUUACUAUGUCUUAA